AUGCCAAAAAACGUUGUGGUUAUCGGUGCGGGUGUUAGUGGGUUAACUUCUGCUUUUUUAUUGUUACAAACGUACAAACUUGAUUCUUUAACUAUUGUUGCCUCUGAAUUACCAGGUGAUACUUUUGCUCAUGAUUACACUUCUCCCUGGGCUGGUGCCAAUUGGAUGAGUUUUGCAAAAUCUAGUGAUCCUACCCAAAUCAGAAGAGACUCUAUCACCUACAAACUAUUGAAUGAUUUGGCUGAUAAUGCUCCAGAAACUGGAAUUAAAAAGUAUACUGCCAAGUUAUUUUGGAAUAAAAACGUUGAGGAGACACCAUGGUACAUUCAGACUAGAUUUGCCAAUGGAAUUAGAUCAAUUAGCGACGAAGAAUUAAGAUAUAGAAAUAUGGAUCCAAAUGAAUAUGUCGGUUAUGAAUAUCAAUCUAUCACUGUGACACCUGUUAUCUACUGCCACUACUUAAGAAGCAGAAUCGAAAAAUUAGGUGGUGUUAUUAAGAGAAUUCCCAAGAUUGAAGAUUUAAAGAAGAGUUUUAUUGACAACGAAUUAGAUUUGCCAUUUGGUAAGCCGGAUUUACUAGUUAAUUGUAGCGGUUUGGGGUCUAAAGUGUUCUUGCAAAGCAUAGAACCCGAAGAGGCCGCUAAGGUUAUCCCGGUCAAAGGCCAAAUAGUUGUUGUUCAAAACGAUUUGCCCUUCCAAUUGGUUGUAGAAAAUUUGCCAGAUAACGGGCCAAAUGGCAAACCAUAUUAUGGAAAGGACCAGUUUCUAAACAUUUUCCCACGUGGUGAUGGGUAUUGUAUUAUUGGUGGUAUCAUGAAAAAGGGCGACUGGAGUAAAAAAGUUGAUCCUUCAUUGACUGAAAGCAUUUUGAAAAUGUGUGGUCAGCAUGUUCCUGAGUUGGAUGGUAAGUUCAAAAAAUUGUAUGACUACUGUGCUUUAAGACCAGGUAGAGAAGGUGGUGUUAGAGUGGAAAAGAAAAAGUAUUAUGAUAAUGAUCUAACUGUUAUACACAAUUAUGGUAUUGGUGGUGCUGGCUACCAAGCUUCUUAUGGUUUAUCUUUAGAUGUGUGUGAAUUGGCAUCAGAUAUUUUAGGCCCAAAAAGGCAAGUCUGUCCAUUCAAGUUGUGA